GCUCACAGGGCAAGGAAGAACCAAAAAACCAAAAAACCAAAAAAAUACACUAAAACCUAAAAUUUUUUCUAAACACUAAAAACCAAAUUCAUCAUCAUGGCAUUCGACAACGACGAUUUCUUCUCAUAUGAGCAGCCAGCUCAAUUCAUUGGCGAAGGCGAAGGCGAUGGCUCGAAUGGUGUUUCGGUUGUGCGACGCAAUGCUCGUGAACGCAAUCGUGUGAAACAGGUCAACAAUGGUUUCAGCCAACUCCGCCAGCAUAUACCAGUUGCCGUAAUAGCCGAUUUGAGCAAUGGUCGUCGGGGCAUCGGCCCGGGGGCCAAUAAAAAACUCAGUAAAGUCAGCACAUUACGCAUGGCAGUUGAGUACAUCAGACGUUUGCAAAAAGUCAUCGAUGAAACCGAUCAGAAGCGACAUCAGCAACAGAACCAGCAACACCAGCAACAAAAUCAACAACACCAUCACCAUCAGCAGCAGCAACAUUUGCUUUUCCAGCAACAGCAGCAACUCUUCUACCACCAACAACAAAUUCAGCAGCAGCAACAGCACAUGCAAUUGAGUUCACCCACAGGAAGCGCUAGCUCCUGCUGUUCCUCAACAUCGAGCAGUUCCUACUAUACACCACAAGUACAACAAUCAGGAUUGUCUCUACCAAUGGCUGACACAUCUUCUUCGUCGUCUUCUUCUAUGUCUGGGCCAAUGAAAGUUGAAUCAACCUAUGAAGAUUAUCGCAACAAUUCCUGCAGCUCGGGAGCGGAAGAUGAUGAUAUACUCGACUAUAUCUCCCUAUGGCAGGAUGAUCUGUAGAGCAAGACAAUUGCCCAAAGAUAACAUCAUAAACUAGUCAAGUUAACCCUGCCUACCCACACACACACACACACACCCAAACACACGAAUACCAUUGAUUGGCAAAGUAUUACCUCAACAUUAUAGUAUUUUUUAGGAUUGUACAAAUUAUUUUCCUUUUUUUUUGCAC